AUGUCAUCGGCUUCCACUGCGGAUUACCGGUCUGCCGCCGUGAGUCUCGGCAGUAGUGGAGGUGGUCAACGAGAUGCAGAGUCUCUGUUUCGCACGAAACCAAUAUCGGAGAUUCGGAAUGUGGAGUCGGCGACUAGGAAGAACAUCGAGGAUAAGAAGGAGGAGCUCCGGCAACUCGUGGGGACUAGAUACCGCGAUCUAAUCGACUCAGCUGACUCGAUCGUGCACAUGAAGUCGCUUUGUGAGUCGAUCUCGGCCAAUAUCUCUUCGAUCCACGGUAACAUUCGAUCACUUUCCUCCUCUUCCGUUGCGGAAACUCCCGAGCUCGCUAGCUCUAACCCAGUCCGAGUCAAUGUCUAUGGGAUCGCUUGCCGGGUUAAGUAUCUGGUGGAUACGCCGGAGAAUAUCUGGGGAUGCCUUGACGAGUCCAUGUUUCUAGAAGCUGCAGGGAGGUACAUGCGUGCUCAGCAUGUGCAGCAGAGACUGGUUAAGUUAGAGGAAUAUGGCGGUGGUGCAGCGGACGUGGAUCAGAGUAAGCUGUUGGCGAAUUUUCCACUGUUGGAGCAUCAAUGGCAGAUAGUAGAGAGUUUCAAGGUUCAGAUUUCGCAGAGGAGCCAUGAGCGGCUUCUGGAUCCAGGUUUAGGAUUGGGGGCUUACGUGGACGCCUUAACUGCAGUCGCGGUGGUUGAUGAGCUGGAUCCAGAGCAAGUGCUUGAGUUGUUUCUCGACUCAAGGAAGACUUGGAUUCUGCAAAAGUUGAAUGCUUGUACUGGUGAUGAUGUCGGUAAUGUUGUUUCAGUAUUUUGUGAUGCGUUGAGUGUGAUUGAGGUUACAGUAGGACAAGUUGGGGAACUCUUUCUGCAAGCCUUGACUGAUAUGCCUCUAUUUUAUAAGACAAUCUUGAGUACCCCACCAGCUUCCCAACUGUUUGGUGGAAUUCCAAAUCCAGAAGAGGAGAUUGGGUUGUGGAAAUCAUUCAGAGAUAAUUUGGAAUCCGUCAUGGUCCUCCUUGAUAGAACUUACAUUGCUAAGGCUUGCCUGACUUGGUUGAGGGAAUGCGGUGGACAGAUUGUUGGUAAGGUUAGUGGUAAGCAUUUGAUUGAAGCUAUUGUUACUGGUGCAGAGCUUGGAUCGGCAGAAAAGUUGAUAAGAGAGACCAUGGAUAGCAAAGAUGUCUUGAGAGGUAGUUUAGAUUGGCUUAAAAGUGUUUUUGGGUCUGAGGUAGAGCUGCCGUGGAAUAGAAUCCGGGAGCUUGUUCUGGCAGAAGAUUUGAACCUGUGGGAUGAAAUAUUUGAGAAGGCGUUUGUGGAUAGAAUGAAAUCCAUUAUUGACUCCAGAUUUGAGGAUUUGGCUAAAGCUGUCAAUGUGGCAGAGUCGGUUCAUGCAUAUAGCGAGAUCACUGGUGAGAAGAUCAACUUCCAAGCAUAUUUAAACAGACCUUCUACAGGUGGUGGUGUCUGGUUCAUUGAGCCUAAUGCAAAGAAAAUCGGUCUUAUAGCCGGAAAUAAAUCAUCACCUGAAGAAAGCGACUUCCAAAGUUGUCUUUCUGCAUAUUUUGGUCCUGAAGUUAGCCAAAUGAGGGACGCAGUUGAUAGGCGCUGCCAGAGUGUUUUGGAAGACCUCCUAAGCUUCUUUGAGUCAGAAAAGGCAGGUCCAAGGUUAAAGGAUCUUGCUCCAUACGUGCAGAAUAAGUGUUAUGACAGUGUCUCAACACUUCUUGCAGAUGUAGAUAAAGAACUCGAAUUUCUAUUUGCGGCCAUGAAAAAAGAGAACAAGGAUAGUGAAGCAAUUCCACGUGCUAUCAUAAUUGAGAAAUCUCUCUUUAUGGGACGCCUUUUGUUUGCUUUGCUAAACCACUCAAAACACGUUCCCUUGAUUCUCGGUUCUCCGAGAUUGUGGUGUAGAGAAACAAUGACUGCAGUUUCUGAUAAGUUGUCAUCCUUGUUGAGGCAACCAAGAUUUGGCUCGAAUGCUGCAGUCACUGCUGACAGCCCUGGAAAGCAGGUGCAUACUGAACUUAGAAGGCAGAGUUCGUUAGCUGUUUCUGCAUUACUUGGAGCGGAAGAGAAGACAAGUCCAAAAUUUAAAGAGCUUAAUAAAACUAUGCGAGAUUUGUGCAUAAAGGCUCAUACAUUGUGGAUACAGUGGUUAUCUGAUGAGCUGUCAGCUAUUCUCUUACGUGAUCUUAGGAGGGAUGAUGGAUUGUCUACUACAACUCCUUUAAGGGGUUGGGAAGAGACAGUAGUCAAGGAAGAGCAGGGCGAGAGUCAAUCUGAGUUGAAGAUAUCACUUCCUUCCUUGCCUUCUCUCUAUAUGAUCUCAUUUCUCUGUCGGGCAUCAGAAGAAAUUCAUCGAAUCGGAGGCCACGUACUGGAUAAGUCAAUUUUGCAGAAAUUUGCUUCAAGCCUGUUGGAGAAGAUCACCAUUAUUUAUGAGGAUUUCUUAUCUGCCAGGGAGGCCAACGAACCCCAAAUAUCAGAGAAAGGAGUCUUACAAAUUUUGCUGGAUUUGAGAUUUGCAUCGGACACUCUUUCUGGGGGUGAUACAAGCACCAAUGUGGAGAUGCCAAAGAGCACAAUGAACAGAUCAGCUUUCAGGCGAAAGCAGGGCCAACAGCAAACAAAGUCGGUCAAUAGAGGUCGCAUCGAUGGAGUGAUCUCCCAACUUACCCAAAAGUUGGAUCCCAUAGACUGGCUCACGUACGAGCCUUAUCUUUGGGAGAACGAGAAGCAGUCAUACCUACGCCACGCUGUACUCUUUGGAUUCUUUGUGCAACUAAACCGAAUGUACACAGAUACUGCGCAGAAACUACCAACUAAUUCAGAGUCAAAUAUCAUGCGAUGCUCCACAGUUCCCCGCUUCAAAUACCUUCCCAUAAGCGCUCCAGCUUUGUCUUCUAGAAGUACAAAUAAGGUCUCUAUUCCAGUGACAUCGAAUGAAGCUUCUUCAAGAAACUCGUGGAAGGGAUUAACAAACGGCGAGCUUUCUCAAACGAGUGAUUUGGAUGAUAACUCCAGUUUCGGCGUAGCUUCCCCGUUCCUAAAGUCUUUUAUGCAGGCUGGUAGUAAAUUUGGGGAAAGCACAAUGAAACUGGGAUCAAUACUAACUGAUGGACAAGUGGGAAUAUUCAAGGAUAGAUCAGCAGCCGCUAUGUCGACAUUUGGUGAUAUAUUACCAGCUCAAGCUACCGGUUUAUUCUCUUCUUUCACAGCCACCAGGUCUGAGUGA